AUGGAAGCAGGGCAAGCCCAAGAAGCAGUAGAUUACUAUGGACUCACAGCAUCUUUUUUCACGAACGCACAGUCCAAAUCCAAAACCGGAAGUAGACAGAAACCAGCAUACAUUGCGCGCAGUGAUCAGAAACAGUGUAUUUACUGCAAAGAAAAUCACCAUGCCAACGACUGUUCAAAGGUCCCGGAUGUGAAAUCCCGUAAAGACAUUAUUAAGAAGAAACAAGUUUUACUGAAGACCGCCGUUGCCGAAGUUUGUGCUGGAGAUAAUUAUGCCCAAGCAAAUAUUUUGUUCGAUGAAGGGGCUCAGCGUUCAUUCAUAUCGGAGAAGCUCGCUCAAACACUAAAAGUCAAACCCAAUGGUAGCACAGUCAUCAGUCUAGCAACAUUCGGAGGCACAUCACAGAAUCAGAGACACCUCGGUACUACAACCAUAUAUUUACUUACAGAUGUUGGAGCCAAGAUUCCACUUCAAGUGAUGAUCGUUCCGACAAAUGCCGUCCCCUUACGGAAUAUUUCAAAUUUUGUCCUGUCUUCACCACAUCUGAGAAACCUGAAGUUAGCACAUCCCGUGAUAGAUGAAGACCAGUUUGAUAUUUCAUUAUUGAUAGGAGCUGACCAUUACUGGAGCAUCGUAAUCGUAAGUAACCAGACGAUUCGAGGUAACGGGCCUACAGCCGUAAGUUCGAGCAUUGGUUAUUUAUUGUCAGGUCCAGUUGAAACAACCAGUGUUAUGACACAGUCUUGUUUUGCCCUAAAUGUAAAUACAGAUAAAGACCGAUUUUGGAAACUAGAGUCCAUUGGAAUAAUUCCCGAAGACGACCAAGGUAAAGAUAAAUUACAGACAUACCAAGAGAAUGCUAUCAAGUUUAACGACGGAAAGUAUGAAGCUAAACUACCCUGGAAAGAAGACCACGCCCAUCUCCCUACAAACUAUGAAGUAAUCAAGAGAAGAACCGAAUCCCUGAUAAGACGACUACGCAGAGAACCUAAGAUCCUAGAGAAGUAUGCACAGAUACUACAAGAACAAAAGAGAAGAGAUUUCAUUGAGAAACUUGACGAUAAUGAGAAACUACCCCCGCAAGUACACUAUAUUCCCCACCAUGCAGUCAGAAAAGAUUCCGCCACCACGCCCAUUCGUAUAGUUGCUACACUACACAAACAUCUUGACAACAACGCUAACAGCUGGGUCAGCAGAUUACUGAAGAGAAACUUAUACGUAGACAACAUAUUAUCGAGUUUUCAAACAGAAGAUGAAGUUUUGAGGUACUUCCGAGACACAAGGGAUCUGAUGCUACAAGGAGGAUUCAACCUGAGAUCGUGGGCAUCAGACAGUCGAUGCUUGCAAGUAGCCGCUACAGAAGAAGGUGUCCUUGACAGCGACAAAGUAACAAAACUUCUAGGCAUGCUUUGGACUACCGACACAGACGAGAUAUCACACCCGAACAGAGACAUUCCAAUAACCCAAAAUGUGACUAAACGCACUAUUUUGCAGUUUACCUCACGAGUAUACGACCCACUUGGCUUACUUAUCCCAGUAUUAAUACGCGCGAAAAUUCUACUCGAAGAUCUAUGGAAAGGCAAGCACACGUGGGAUAAAGUUUUACCAGACGACAUCUAUAAGAAAUGGCUCCAUAUUGCACGUGACGUAAAUGAAGUAAUGGAAAUGAGAAUCCCUCGCCGCCUCUUCAAUUCAUACGAUACAGACGAUAAACACCCAACAGCAGAUGAUACUAUCCUACAUGUUUUUGUUGAUGCUAGUAUCCAAGCUUACGGCGCGAUAGCUUACCUUUGCAGACGACAACAAUCGACUCUAGUGAUGGCAAACUCCCAUGUGGCACCCUUGAAGAAAAUCACAUUGCCAAAGUUAGAACUGAUGGCAGCCGUGAUCGGAACACUUUUAGCGAGACACAUUCUACAAGCGAUAGACAUACAAGAUGUGAUAUUUUGGUCAGACAGUCAAAUCGUGUUACACUGGCUGAGCACCUCGAGAGGGGUAAAUAGAUUCGUCCAAAAUAGAGUUACAGAUAUAAGAGACAUAACCCAGAACCGGAAGUGGAAAUACUGUCCCACAAAUCACAAUCCAGCCGACCAAACUCAGUGGCCUGUAUGGAUGCAGGCAGACACCAUCACCAUGGCAACCUUGACAGACGAGACGCAAGAAACAGAUGAACAUCCGUUUUCAGGCAGUCUACUUCAAGACGGGCCGUCACCAUACGACGAAGAGAAACCUUUAAACGUAACAGAACUACAGAACGCAGAGCACAGGUGGCUACAGAAUUGCCAGCACACUGAAUAUGCCAGAGAAAUAUCCAGCCUGAAGACCUCUGAGAAGAGACUACCCAUAGUGCGCCAGUUGAAACUAUUUAUUGACGACAGAGGAGAUUUACGUUGUGGCGGGAGAAUACAAAACGCCCCAUUAGAAUAUGCUACCAAGUUCCCAUACUUACUACACCCCAAACAUACACUGACACGCCUGAUUGUUCGAGACGUCCAUACCCGCCAUCUACAUACGGGAGAGAACGCUACCAUAACUUACUUACAUCAGAAGAACUGGAUUCCUUCCAUUCGCAGAUGUGUCCAGACAGAGAUACGAAAAUGUGUGAUAUGCAAAAGAAUUAAUGGUAAACCAUACUCAGCCCCAGAUCCCCCACCCCUACCGAAAUUUCGACUAGAAGACAGCGCCCUAUUUACGGUAACAGGAGAGGAUUUUACCGGUGCACUACAUGUAAAAGUUCAACGUGGAAAUAUGAGUAAAGCGUACAUAUGCCUUUUCACGUGCGCUUCUACUAGAGCAUUACAUUUAGAAGUGGUCCAGAAUUUGACUGAAAGUUCCUUCAUGCAAGCGUUCAAAAGAUUUUGCAGCAGGAAAUCAUUACCACACAUAAUGGUUUCUGAUAAUGCAGCUACAUACCAGGCAGCAUCAAGUCAUCUGCGUCAAUUAUUCGAUUCCCAGUCCAUGAAAGAAGCCCUCAACCAAGAAGUAUUUCAUCCCAGCUAG